AUAGCAACAACGGAUUUUACUGAAUCAUUUCAUCCAUCAUACCCAGAAUGCACAGAGACUUUAAAUAGCGUGAUUUUAAACUAUGGCGAUACUUGCUUCAUUUUGAAAAUUUCCACGUUUGUUUUUAAAGGAUCAUUUUCAUUCAGAGAAAACCUUAUGUUGAAAGUAACGCAUUUCUGAUGCUGUAUCCUGCCUACUAAAACAAGACUGGAGAAUGGCUGGGUCGACCGUCAUGGCAGCGUCUGAAUUGUACACAAAGUAUGCCCGGGUGUGGAUCCCAGAUGUAGAGGAGGUGUGGAAAUCAGCAGAGCUUACCAAGGACUACAAACAGGGGGACAGAUUGAUUCACCUGCAGCUGGAUGAUGGCAAGAAAGUUGACCACAAAUUAGAUCCCACAACCAAGAACCUGCCUCCCCUGCGGAACCCUGACAUCCUGGUGGGAGAGAAUGACCUCACGGCUCUCAGUUACCUCCACGAGCCUGCCGUCCUGCACAACCUCAGAGUUCGCUUCAUUGACUCAAAGCUCAUCUACACCUACUGUGGCAUCGUUUUGGUGGCUAUAAACCCUUAUGAGAAUCUGCCCAUCUAUGGGAGUGACAUCAUCAAUGCCUACAGUGGACAGAACAUGGGGGACAUGGACCCCCAUAUAUUUGCAGUGGCUGAGGAGGCCUACAAGCAAAUGGCCAGAGAUGAGAGGAACCAGUCCAUCAUCGUGAGCGGGGAGUCCGGCGCUGGGAAGACCGUCUCGGCCAAGUACACCAUGCGCUACUUCGCCACGGUCAGCGGUUCCACCACCGAGGCCAACGUGGAGCAGAAAGUGCUGGCCUCCAACCCUAUCAUGGAGGCUAUUGGAAAUGCUAAAACCACCCGGAAUGACAACAGCAGUCGAUUUGGGAAGUACAUCGAGAUCGGUUUUGACAAGCGGUACCACAUCAUUGGGGCCAACAUGAGGACAUACCUCCUGGAGAAAUCAAGAGUGGUCUUUCAGGCAGAUGAGGAGAGGAACUACCAUAUCUUCUACCAGCUGUGUGCCUCAUCCCAUUUACCUGAAUUUCGAGAUCUUAAGUUAGGUAAAGCAGAUGAUUUCCACUUCACUAACCAGAGUGGAAGCCCUGUCAUUGAUGGAUUAGAUGAUGCCCGUGAAUUGUCCACUGCAAGACAUGCUUUUUCUUUGUUAGGAAUUAAUGAAUCCUAUCAGACAGGUAUCUUCAAGAUAUUGGCUUCCAUCCUCCAUCUGGGCAAUGUAGUGGUGAAAGAUCGAGAUGCAGACAGCAGCACGAUAGAGCCUAAUAACAGCAACCUGACUGUGUUCUGUGAGCUCAUGGGCAUCACGUAUCAGGACAUGUCCCACUGGCUGUGCCACAAGAAGCUGAAGACCGCUACGGAGACCUACAUCAAGCCCGUCCCCAAACUUCAGGCCAUCAACAGCCGGGAUGCCCUUGCCAAGCACAUAUACGCCAAGCUCUUCAACUGGAUCGUCGCCCACGUGAACAGGGCCCUGCAGUCUGCGGUCAAGCAGAACUCCUUCAUUGGGGUUCUGGACAUUUAUGGGUUUGAAACAUUUGAUAUCAACAGCUUUGAACAAUUUUGUAUAAAUUACGCCAAUGAGAAACUCCAGCAGCAGUUCAACAUGCAUGUCUUCAAACUGGAGCAGGAGGAGUACAUGAAGGAGCAGAUCCCGUGGACCCUCAUCGACUUCUACGACAAUCAGCCCUGCAUCAACCUCAUCGAGGCCAAAAUGGGGGUGCUGGCCCUUCUGGACGAGGAGUGCAAGAUGCCCAAGGGAACUGACGACACAUGGGCUCAGAAGCUGUACAACACACACUUGAAGACGUGUGCGCUUUUUGAAAAGCCCCGCAUGUCCAAUAAAGCUUUCAUCAUCCGGCACUUUGCAGACAAGGUGGAGUAUAAGUGUGGGGGAUUCCUGGAGAAAAAUAAAGACACUGUCAACGAAGAACAGAUCAAUGUGCUAAAGGCUAGCAAGUUUAAUCUCCUGGUGGAGCUGUUCCAAGAUGAAGAGAACGCCACCUGCCCCACAGCAGCGCCCUCUGGAGGCCGUACCAAGCUGAGCGUCAAGCCAGAGCCGACCAAGUCUGCUAAAGAUCACAAGAAGACUGUGGGGCUACAGUUCCGUAACUCUCUGCAGCUGUUGAUGGAGACCCUCAACGCCACCACUCCCCACUAUGUGCGUUGCAUCAAGCCAAAUGACCUCAAAUUUCCUUUCACGUUUGACCCCAAAAGGGCUGUGCAGCAGCUCAGAGCGUGUGGUGUUCUGGAGACCAUUCGGAUAUCAGCUGCUGGCUUCCCAUCCAGGUGGACCUAUCAGGAGUUCUUCAGUCGGUACCGGGUUUUGAUGAAGCAGAAGGAUGUGCAGACUGACAGGAAGCUGACCUGCAGGAAUGUCCUGGAGAAACUAAUAGAGGAUAAAGACAAGUACCAGUUUGGGAAGACAAAGAUCUUCUUCCGUGCCGGCCAGGUGGCCUACCUGGAGAAGCUGCGAGCUGACAAGCUGCGGGCUGCCUGCAUCCGCAUCCAGAAGACCAUCCGCUGCUGGCUGGAGCGCAAGAAGUACCUGCGCAUGAGGGAUGCUGCUAUCACCAUACAGAGACGCGUGCGGGGGUACCAGGCACGAUGCCUCGCCAAGUUCCUUCGCAGGACGAACGCGUCCAUCGUCAUUCAGAAGUACCAGCGCAUGUACGUGGCGAGGAAGUGCUACAAGCGCCUACAGACCGCUGCACUCAACAUCCAAUGCAUCCUGCGGGCCUACCAGGCCAGGCAGCUGUACCAGAGGCUUCUACGGGAGAACAAGGCGGUCAUCAUCCAGAAGUGGGUGAGGGGUUGGCUCGCCAGGCAGUGGUACAAGAGGUCGCUGGCCGCCAUCGUCUACCUGCAGUGCUGCAUCCGCCGCAUGCGGGCCAGACGCGAGCUGAAGAAGCUGAAGAUCGAGGCGCGCUCCGUGGAGCACUUCAAGAAGCUCAACAUCGGCAUGGAGAACAAGAUCAUGCAGCUGCAGCGCAAGAUCGACGAGCAGAACAAAGAGAACAAGGCCGUGAGCGAACGACUGAGCGUGCUGGAGAGCUCUUACACUGCCGAGAGCGAGAAGCUGCGCGGCGAGCUAGCCCGCCUCCGAGGCGUGGAGGAGGAGGCGCGGAGCAAUGCCAAGCAAAUCACCUCCCUGCUGGCGGAGCUGGCGCUACUCCACAAGGAGCUGAAGACCACCCAGAGCGAGAAGAAGGUGAUCGAAGACCAGGCGAAGACUUACCGCGAGAAAAUGGAGCAGAUGGUGGCUGAGCUGAAGGACCAGAACAGCCUGCUGAAGAGUGAGAAGGAUGAUCUGAACCGGCUGAUCAAGGAGCAGAGCCAGCAGAUGACUGAGAAAAUGGAGAAAGCCCUGAAGGACGAGACAAGGCAGUUGGAGAACGAUCUGAACGAGGAGCGCUCGCGCUACCAGAACCUUCUGGGCGAGCACUUGCGACUGGAGGAGCGCUACGACGACCUGAAGGAGGAGGUGAACCUCACGUUGAACGUCCCCAAGCCGGGUCACAGGAGGACCGACUCCACACACAGCAGCAACGAAUCAGAAUACACCUACACCUCUGAGUUGGCAGAGUCUGAGGAAGGCUCCCAUGGAGGAGAGGAUGUCAGCAAGGCCUCCUUGGAUGUGUCCCUCUUCCUCAAGCUGCAGAAGAGGGUGACCGAGCUGGAGCACGAGAAGCAGUCUCUGGUGAAGGAGCUGGAUCUGAGAGAGGAACAGUUUCAGCAGGCUAGGGCCAGGGAUGAUGAGGAUUACAAGAAAGCGCGAGGAGCAGAGCUGGAGUACGAGUCUCUCAAGCGGCAGGAGCUGGAGUCUGAGAACAAGAAGCUGAAGCGCAAUCUGAACGAGAUGCGGGAGGCCAUGGCAGGGAAAGCUGGAGCUGGGCCCGGAGCCGGGGGCACCUCGCCCUACAGGGUGCUCCUGGAGCAGCUCAACGCCUCCAACGAGGAGCUAGAGGUUCGAAAGGAGGAAGUGUUGAUCCUCCGUUCCCAGCUAGUCAGCCAAAAGGAGGCCAUGCAGCACAAGGAGACCAUGACGGAUACCGUGUCGUACGUGGAGGACAUCCGGAAGAUGAACGCGGGCGAAAUGGCUCAGGCUUACACGGGGCUCAAAGACACGAGCAGAUCCCCCACUCCAGACUACCAUCAGCUGAAUGAGGAUGGAGAGCUUUGGCUGGCUUAUGAAGGGUUAAAGGAGACCAACAGGCUCUUGGAGUCCCAGCUGCAGAUGCAGAAGAGGUCCCAUGACGGCCAGAUGGAGGUGGUCCGCAAGGAGCUGCAGAGCCUGAAGGAGGAGAACACCCGCCAGCAGCAGCUCCUGACCCAGAACCUGCAGCUGCCCCCGGAGGCACGCAUCGAAGCCAGCCUGCAGCACGAGAUCACCCGCCUCACCAACGAGAACCUGGACGUAUAUAGGGAUGACCCAGACAAAUAUAAGAAGAGGCUGACUUUCAUUGAUCAGCAGCGCUUUGAACUCCUGGGCCAGCUUGAGAAGCAGGAAAAGAUGAUCCGUAAAUUAAAGAAACAGCUCAAGGUCUUCUCCAAAAAGAUUGAAGAACGGGAAGUGGGUCAGAUGGACAGCAUUUCUCCUGGACAGAUAAUGGAGGAGCCCAUCGUCACCGUGAACAUCCCCCGCCGGGAGAAGGACUUCCAGGGCAUGCUGGAAUACAAGAUGGACGAUGAGCCAAAACUGGUGAAGAACCUCAUUCUAGAGCUGAAGCCUCGGGGUGUGGCGGUCAACUUUAUCCCAGGCCUGCCGGCCUACAUCCUCUUCAUGUGUCUGCGCCAUGCCGACUAUCUGAACGAUGACCAGAAGGUGCGCUCGCUGCUCACAUCCACCAUCAACAGCAUCAAGAAGAUCCUGAAGAAAAGAGGGGAAGACUUUGAAGUGGUCUCUUUUUGGCUGUCCAACACGUGUCGCCUCCUGCACUGUCUGAAGCAGUACAGCGGAGAGGAGUCAUUCAUGAAGUACAACACUCCCAGGCAGAACGAGCACUGCCUGUCUAACUUCGACCUGGCCGAGUACCAGCAGGUUCUCAGCGACCUGGCCAUUCAGAUUUACCAGCAGCUCAUCAGAUGCAUGGAGAGCCUUUUGCAGCCAAUGAUAGUCUCUGGAAUGCUGGAGCAUGAAACGAUUCAGGGCGUGUCGGGGGUGAAGCCCACGGGCCUUCGCAAGAGGACCUCCAGCAUCGCGGACGAGGGCACCUACACCCUGGAGUCCAUCCUCCGCCAGCUCUCCACCUUCCACUCCAUCAUGUGCCAGCACGGCAUCGACCCGGACCUCAUCAAGCAGGUGGUCAAGCAGCAGUUCUACAUCAUCGGCGCCGUCACCCUCAACAACCUGCUGCUGCGCAAGGACAUGUGCUCCUGGAGCAAAGGCAUGCAGAUCAGGUACAAUGUGAGCCAGCUGGAAGAGUGGCUCAGGAACAAGAGCCUGAUGAACUGCGGGGCCAAGGACACGCUGGAGCCCCUCAUCCAAGCUGCGCAGCUGCUGCAGGUGAAGAAGAAGACCGACGAGGACGCAGACGCCAUCUGCAGCAUGUGCAGCGCCCUCACCACUGCGCAGAUUGUCAGAGUGCUGAACUUGUACACCCCUGUGAAUGAAUUCGAGGAAAGGGUUACAAUAACAUUCAUUGAAACGAUUCAGAACCGUUUGCCAGACAGAAAGCAAUCACCUCAGCUCCUAAUGAACACCAGAGUCAUCUACCCUGUCACAUUCCCCUUCAACCCCUCCUCUCUAGUCCUUGACACCAUCCACAUUCCUAACAGUCUAAACCUGUCCUUCCUAGCACGCGUGUAGAGGCAGUCUGAACCUGCCCUUCCUCACGUGUGUAGAAGCAGUCUGAAUGCAGCCUUCCUCACACACAUGUAGAAGCCCGGUUUUCUUCAUAUGCGUGUAGUCUAUAUCUUCUGAUCCCGGCCUUUCUCACAUGUAUGUAGUGGAUGCCUGAACCCAGCCUUCCUCCCAUGCAGGUGGAGAGUGUGAACCUGGCCUAACUUGUGUGUAUGUGUGUGUGUGUGUGUGUGUGUGUGUGUGUGGAGGUCCUGGACUCUUAAAGCAACCUAAGUCUGGAUAUCUUGUACAGGGAUAAAUAGUUUGUGACUGCUGAGUAAUUAAAUAUGUACCCUGUGGUAACAGUUUGAACACUUUGAAGUACCCUUAACAGGGGCUGCUGGGUGGUUCACCCUGUUAAGACACAUUUUUUAGUGCAUGGAUGGUCCCUACAGUCUAAUAACGAAUCGGAAACUUGCCAGUGCCAACUGUGACCCAGCAGCCCCAAAGGGCAAUGCACAAUAUUUCUAGCCUCACCCAAGGUUUCAUUUGGCCAGAAUGACAGCAUUUCGUUGCACAGCAGCAACCCCUGCUGAUUGAUGGGGUACCCGCCUGUCUGCCUCUUCAGCUGCAGGUGAAUGGUCUUCCACCAUCUCAUGUCUGUGUGGCAGACUCGCGAACUGCAGAAUAAUGAGAAGCAGCAGCUGACAUAACAUUCCUCUCCUGAAUAAGUAGGAAAGGUUGCGGCAAUGAGCGCUGAUAAAAAUACGAUUGGGCAUUCCAAACUGAGGAGAAAAAGGAGUACUCAAAGCAAGCUGGAAGUUGCUUGGGUUUUAUUACUUGAUAUUAACAGUAUAAAUAUGUGCACUGGUGAUCUCAGUCUGGGAUUCUGAUUGGUACAUAGUGGUACACUGAAAAAAUGUGUGAUGAGAAAUGCAUUUUGAUGUAUUACAUUUGUAAACAUUGCUGAACUUGUCUGUUCUGGUUAAUGCAUCAUAAUGGCCAAUGCCUAUACCAUAGUACAUAAUCCAAUAUUUUGGAUGUGUAUGUUUUUCUUUACUAUAUAUUCUAUAUGUAGUACAGAAAUCAUGGAUAGGUGUUUCUUGUGUAUUAAAUCAUUUCAGAUUGAAAAGGAAUACUGUCUGCAUAUAUUUAUUAUACAUGUAUACCAGAUAAACAUGAGUAUAAAAAUGAUUAGUCAGUUAUUUAAGGUAGAUGUUUACUUUUCUGUACAUACAUUGUGAUUUUUUUUAUUAUUGAGUACACUCAAAUUAUAGCCGUCUUGUGUAACUAGCAUAUCCACAAAUGUUGUACUCCAGCAUUACGUUUUUCCGGUUUAAGGUAAAUAACAAUGUUGUUUGUAAAUCAAAGUUUGAUAAUGAGAGGAUUCAUUGUUACUAAUGAAACCAACUGGUCAAAGAAUUAGUGAGUCAUGGUAGAGACCCAAAUCUUUAGCCCCAUAUUUUUUAAAGCCUUUUUAAGUGGUCCUGAUUGCCAUAUUAAUGAAAACCAGCACACCAAGGUGUGUGUGUGUGUGUGUGUGUGUGUAUGUGUGUACCUUGAGUUAGAGAUAUUAUUAGUCCAAUUAAUGUUCUGUGAGUGUUGCCCAAAAUAAAUGCGUUACACUGACUGUGGGAGGAGUCCCCUCAGACAUAAUCAUUCUGGGAACAGCUAAUGAGCUCCCUUUUAGUUGUUCUACCAUGGGAUUGAACAUCUUUCCAGCACAAACUUACGCUCUGUUCAGUGUAUGACAGGGUGCUGUCUCGAUCAGGAGACCUAAAAAUGUUUUUGAACCCAACACCUGCAGUCACUUUGAAAGCAUUUUUGAAGCAUAUCAUCAAGCAAGUAGGAUGAAAGUCAUACCUUUUACAGAUUCGUUGGCAACAAACUAGAUGUAAGCACUACUGUGUGCACUGUCCUUUUAACUGCUUAAAGCUUUAUUCCCAGAAAUCGUAAAAGCUAAAUGGACCAUUUGCCUACAUUCUCCUUAAUUUUCUGAAUAUUGAAAAUGUCGCUGCAUUGUCUGUUGCUGGGGUCAUAUUUGUGCACACUGGAUAGAAUAAAAUACAUAUUUCAAAUCAAUCUGCAUGCUAUUAGUUUUACAGGUUAUACAGAGAUUUGUGGAAUGUGACACUGGAUCUCAAAGCUCUUAACUUUAAGAGCAAGCCUGUAAUCAGAUAUGGUAGCUGUUAUCUUGAGACACUAUAGACUUACAUGUUCUUCAUCAUCCCUUGCCUUACACAUUGUUUUGUUUUAGUGAAAAUAAAUUGUCCAUUCUUAAGGAAAUUACCAAACUGUA